CAUGAGCUGUCCUGGUGACAUCAGAGCAGUCAGAUGAAGCGCUCUUCCACCGCGCGUCUGUCCUCCGCUGCAGCGCGCGCCCCGUGACGGCGCUCCAGUUCAAAAGAUUGCAACAUCUUUCAAGCCUCUUCUAAAGGGCGUGGGUGUGGCUGUGUUCGAGGGAACACGGACCGUGUGACCCUUGCUUUUGAAUCCAUGUCUUUGCUCUUCUUGACGGUGAAGUUCGAGCGUCACAGAACAACACAAGAUGAUUCCAUGGGACACAGACGCACCAGUUGAGGCGUGUGGAGAGUUCAGCCCAGUGAUCAAACCAAUGAGCGGAGACAGAACAGCGUCUAACUGGAAGUGGGCCGACAUGACGAGCUUCAGCUGCGGCGCACAGAACCGCCUUGAACACGGUCGAUUCCACGACGCGUCGUGACUCAACCACACGACUCACUCUUUUCUGACCCGCGCCUCAGAUUGAGCCCGUCGUCUCCAAACGAUCGGCACCUUCCAGGACCUUGGCAGUGUUCCAAGGGCAACAACUGGAAACAGCCUGAGGGGAACAGUCGAACCUUUUGCACACGAAUGUCAACGUGCAGUCAACAGCAGGUGGUAGUGUUUCACACUGGCGACAGGAAACCAGGGCACCUGACUCGGCGACACUCUCGCUCACCUGUUCUCAGGUGCGCAGCUCAACCAGCUUUUCCAGUCCGUCCUCACUUGCUGUUCCUGCUUCCGGUCGGCCGGCUGCGAUCGCGAGGCUCUGCUGCUGGGACGGACCAGGAGGAUGCUGGUCCCGCUGCUGCUGCUGCUGCUGCUGCUGCUGGGGCCGGGGCUGGCGGCGGGGGAAGAGACGCUCAUCACCUGCCUGAGGGCGGAGCCCUGCGUGCUGCCCUGCAAGUUCAACUCGGACGGCAAAGGCGUGCGCGUCAUGUGGUUCAAGAAGAAGGCGGUGGUGAGCUGCACCCGCUACGGCAACACCAGCUGGGUGGUGGGCCACAACUCGCCCGCCGACAAGUACAAGGGCCGCACGGACCUGUACGCCGACAAGGUCCUGGAGGGCAACGCCACGCUGGUGCUGAGGAACGUCACGCCGCACGACGAGGGCAAGUACUUCUGCGUCACCAUCAUGCAGCCGCGCACCGACGAGUCGGCCGUGGUGUCGCUGCAGGUGCGAGCUCCGGUGGAGGACGUCUCCGCGGAGGUGGGCCACGCCGCCGUCUGGUGCCGAGCCAGGGGAUCUAACCCGGCGCCGACGCUCACCUGGCACCGACCCCCGCCACCGACGGCAGCGGGCUGCGCAACAGGACCCAGCCUGAUCCAGGCCCUGGCCGGCAGCAACCUCAACGUGCCCUGCAGCCUGCCCUACGCCCUCUGCGCAGCUUCACCUCACCUGUGGUUCCGGGGCUCCCAGCCCAUCCUGACCAUCAACGCCAGCGGCGACCGGACUCGGCUGAGCUUCUGGGGCGAGUGGAGCCUCCACGUGUACGACAGCCGGGCGGCGGCGCGGACGCUGACGCUGCGCAACCUGAGCACGGCGCACCAGGGCGCGUACACCUGCGAGGUGAGCGCGGCCGACCAGACCAUCCUCACCGUCUCCAACGUCACCAUCGGAGAAGACCUCCGGCUGGAGACCCUGGUGCCCAUCACCGUCCUGGCCUCGCUCCUCUUCCUGUCCUACUGCGCCGUGGCCUUCCUGCUGGUCAAAAUCCGACGGAUGGAAGGACAGAAGAGCUCCAUCGACAGCUCUCUGACCUCGCUGAGCGUCAGCAGCGGCGGGUCAGCAGGGGCGCCGGCCUCUGACUCCUAGAGAGAAACAGAGCGCGUGAAGAGCGGAGGCUCGUCUCGGCUGCAUCACUUGGGCCUGCUCCAUCCUCGAUUCCUGGCAGUGAACUUGAGCGAGCAGUGGGGUGUGAGCCCCGUGUGGCCCCCUCCCUUCCUGGUGUUACAUGGCUUGGCCUGCGCUCGCCUCAUGUUGUCACGCUCUCCUUGUCGAGAAGUCGAGUGUGACUCUGUUUUCUUUCCUUGUUACAUUUUGUUGGACUUGGCGCCGGUCUCCGCCUCCUUCCUGCUGCGUUUGGGUCUCCCGUCUAAAACCGUUACAGAAUGUCCUCGCAAGGAGGAGCCUGGUCCAAACAGGCCUUCACACACACACACACACACACACACACACACUGAAGUCACACUUUAUUGUAGUAGGAAACAUCAAACAGCAAACAAGUUCGUAAAGAAAGAAAAACAAGCCACGUUGAUGAGUGUGUGAGAGAGAGGUGUGACCCGGACCGGACCCAGGUGUGUGCGUGAGGGCGCGCUCACACCAGCCGAGCGUUGCUCUCCAUGUAGUCGUGCGAGUCUCCGGCGAAGGGCAGCGGAGGCGGGUGGUUGCACAGCCCCAUGAGGAAGAUGAUGAUGGUGCCGAAGAUCAUGACCGGGGUCACCAGGAAGAGGCAGAGCCGGUCCACGGUGCGAGCGAUGCCGCUCCAGUUGUCCUUCUCCUGCAGAGAGGCCGGAGGGGUGACACCUGAGAAGACAGUGUUCGGCGGCCGGCGCAGGGGUCGCGACCCCUCCUGCGUCCAGCAGAAGACUCGCUGCCCUCUCUCCUGCACACCCGGACCUCCUCUCCUGGCCGGCACCCUCGCCCCCGUGUCUCCCGGGCCAAGUUCGACCUUGAAAGUCCGCCCUGGACUGACUUCCUGCCCGGCUCAGACACGCGCGCCCCAGGUGAUGGCUUCUGCGCUCAGACGCACUCGGCUCAAAGGUCCGGAGACUCACCUCGUUGUAGUCCUUCUUGUUGCGCAUGUGUUUGAUGAUGUAGUUGGCGCCGUCUACUGCCGGCUUGAUCUCGCAGAAGAGCUGCUCGGAGACCCCGCCGUCCUCCUGGAGGCUCUUGACUGCGGAGGCGUCAGACGUCAGCGUGGCCGGCGGGACCCCGCCCCCUCCCCCGCUCACCUGCGGCGUGCGUGGGCCGCGCCGCCAGCCCGUGUCGCGCCGACUGCCGCUCGAACAUCAGCUCGCUGCGGGACUUGAUGCUGUAGUACUGCUCUGCCGAGGCGAUGUAGCCCGCCGAGCUGGAGCGGCGCUGCAGCGCGCCGGGCCACUGAGGCUCCUCCUCCUCUGGGCGGGACAUGCGCAGGAGGCGGGGCAGCCACUCCAGGAAGACCUGCGGUCAGAGCCCCGCGCUCAGGCCU